GGCCGGAAGCAGGCUGAGCGGCUCUGGGCGAGCGCCGCCUGUACUUCCGGGGACUUCAGCCUAGCUCUUGAGUUUUCCCUGUAGGCGGCGCGGGAGGGAAAAGUUUGCAGGACCGUGCUGGGAAGAUCACCUCCGCUUCCCAAUGUGAGCAGUUUCUCGAACGCUCUCUCUAGAAGGUUGCCCAGAGAGGUGGUGGACGGGAACAUGAGGCAGCGUCUCCUCUUCCUGACCACUUUGGUGCCUUUCGUCCUGGCACCCCGACCUCCGGAGGAACCAGGCUCUGGCUCCCACCCGCGACUUGAGAAGCUUGAUUCUUUGCUCUCAGACUACGAUAUCCUCUCUUUAUCUAAUAUCCAGCAGCACUCCAUAAGGAAAAGGGAUCUACAGUCUGCGACACACUUAGAAACACUACUAACUUUUUCAGCUUUGAAAAGGCAUUUUAAAUUAUACUUGACAUCAAGUACAGAACGCUUUUCACAGAACUUGCGAGUCGUGGUGGUGGAUGGGAAAGAGGAAAGCGAGUACAGCGUGAAGUGGCAGGACUUCUUCAGCGGACAUGUGGUUGGUGAGCCUGACUCUAGGGUUCUAGCCCACAUAGGAGAUGAUGAUGUCACGGUAAGAAUCAACACCGAUGGGGCAGAAUAUAACAUAGAGCCACUUUGGAGGUUUGUUAAUGAUACUAAAGAUAAAAGGAUGCUGGUGUAUAAGUCUGAAGAUAUCAAGGAUUUUUCACGUUUGCAGUCUCCAAAAGUAUGUGGUUAUUUAAAUGCAGAUAGUGAAGAGUUGCUUCCAAAAGGGCUCAUAGACAGAGAGCCAUCUGAAGAGUCUGUCCGUCGAGUGAAGAGGCGAGCUGAACCUAACCCCUUGAAGAAUACUUGUAAAUUACUGGUGGUGGCAGAUCAUCGAUUUUAUAAGUACAUGGGCCGAGGAGAAGAGAGCACUACUACAAAUUACUUAAUAGAGUUAAUUGACCGAGUUGAUGACAUAUACCGGAACACCUCGUGGGACAAUGCAGGAUUUAAAGGUUAUGGAGUACAGAUAGAACAGAUUCGAAUUCUCAAGUCUCCACAAGAGGUAAAACCUGGUGAAAGACACUUCAAUAUGGCAAAAAGUUUUCCAAAUGAAGAGAAGGAUGCUUGGGAUGUGAAGAUGCUGCUGGAGCAAUUUAGCCUUGAUAUAGCUGAAGAGGCCUCUAAAGUCUGCCUGGCUCAUCUUUUCACCUACCAAGAUUUUGAUAUGGGAACUCUUGGAUUAGCUUACGUUGGUUCUCCCAGAGCAAACAGUCAUGGAGGGGUUUGUCCAAAAGCUUAUUACAACCCAGGUGUGAAGAAGAACAUCUAUUUGAAUAGUGGUCUGACAAGUACAAAAAAUUAUGGUAAAACCAUCCUUACAAAGGAGGCUGACCUGGUUACAACUCAUGAAUUGGGACACAAUUUUGGAGCAGAACAUGAUCCUGAUGGGCUAGCAGAAUGUGCCCCAAAUGAGGACCAAGGAGGAAAGUAUGUUAUGUAUCCCAUAGCUGUGAGUGGUGACCAUGAGAAUAAUAAGAUGUUUUCAAACUGCAGUAAACAGUCCAUCUACAAGACCAUAGAAAGCAAGGCUCAAGAGUGCUUCCAGGAGCGCAGCAACAAGGUGUGCGGCAACUCCAGGGUGGACGAAGGAGAAGAGUGUGACCCGGGCAUCAUGUACCUGAACAACGACACCUGCUGCAAUAGUGACUGCACACUGAAGCCAGGUGUGCAGUGCAGUGAUAGGAAUAGUCCUUGCUGUAAAAAUUGUCAGUUUGAGACGGCCCAGAAGAAGUGCCAGGAGGCUAUCAAUGCUACUUGCAAAGGAGUGUCGUACUGCACAGGGAAUAGCAGUGAGUGCCCCCCACCAGGAGAUGCUGAAGAUGACACUGUGUGCUUGGACCUGGGCAAGUGCAAGGCUGGGAAAUGCAUCCCUUUCUGCAAGAGGGAGCAGGAGCUGGAGUCCUGCGCAUGCGCUGACACCGACAACUCGUGCAAGGUAUGCUGCAGGAACCUUUCUGGCCCAUGUGUGCCUUACGUCGAUGCAGAGCAAAAGAACUUAUUUUUGAGGAAAGGGAAGCCCUGUACAGUAGGGUUUUGUGACAUGAAUGGCAAAUGUGAGAAACGGGUACAGGACGUAAUUGAGCGGUUUUGGGAUUUCAUUGACCAGCUGAGCAUCAACACUUUUGGGAAGUUUCUGGCAGACAACAUCGUUGGGUCUGUUCUGGUUUUCUCCUUGAUAUUUUGGAUUCCUUUCAGCAUUCUUGUCCACUGUGUGGAUAAGAAACUGGACAAGCAGUAUGAGUCCCUGUCUCUGUUUCAUCACAGUAACAUCGAGAUGUUGAGCAGCAUGGACUCGGCAUCUGUUCGCAUCAUCAAGCCGUUCCCUGCACCCCAGACUCCAGGUCGUCUGCAGGCCCUGCAGCCGGCUGCAAUGAUGCCGCCAGUGUCUGCGGCUCCAAAACUGGAUCACCAGAGGAUGGACACCAUCCAGGAAGACCCCAGCACAGAUUCACAUGUGGAUGAUGAUGGCUUUGAGAAGGACCCCUUCCCCAACAGCAGUGCAGCCGCCAAGUCCUUUGAGGACCUCACAGACCACCCAGUCACCAGGAGUGAGAAGGCCGCCUCCUUCAAGCUGCAGCGUCAGAGCCGAGUUGACAGCAAAGAGACAGAGUGUUAGUGGGAGCCUGGGCCUGCUCUGGGGGACACAGACCUACAGAUGUUCCACAGAGCUGACCUGAAUCAAAAUAGACUGUAAUGAUCUGAGAAACGGGAGCGGCUUAGCAGAUGCUGGUCAUGUGACAGGACCUUCACAUGACAUCCUGUGUAUGUAGGCCCUUUGAAGAGGUGAGGUAAAUCUGGCUUAUUUAAGGCUUUCAGGUUUUGGGUUUUUCUUUUAUAAUCUAAAAAUCUCCUUUGACCUGUGGUGCAGAAGCAGAAAAUAAGGCUGGAUCAAGUUCCUGGUGACAGCGCUGAUUAAGCCUUCAGUCUGUUUUCCUGUAUGCUGUAAGGUCCUCUCACUACAGGGAAGCACUUAGCAGUGAGGAUGACUGGAACACAGACUUUUUGGGGGUUUUGGCCU